AUGUUUGUCCAAAAAGCGCUCAAAACCAGUUUCUCAGGACUGGCAAACACCUGUAGCCGCGGACAGGGGCUCACUGCAGCAGUUUCCAGACUGCAGCACAGCCAGGCCCAGCAACAUGGGAAGCAUGCCGCCUCCACUCGUCCAGAGACUGCAAGCGCCAAGAGUCUGAUGGACAUCGGGACACGGAGGAUCUUCACUGAGGACCAUGAUCUCUUCAGACAGAACGUCCGGCGCUUCUUCCAAGAGGAGGUGAUCCCCCACCACAAUGAGUGGGAGAAGGCAGGCCAGGUGAGCAGGGAGUUGUGGGAGAAGGCCGGGGAGCAAGGCCUGCUGGGAGUAGUGAUACCAGAGGAGCAUGGUGGAAUUGGAGGAGACCUGCUGUCUGCUGCUGUCGUCUGGGAGGAGCAGAUGUAUUCGAACUGCACAGGCCCAGGUUUCACCUUGCAUUCAGAGAUUGUGAUGCCCUACAUCAGCAACUACGGUACCAAGGAACAGAUUGAUCGCUUCAUCCCCCAGAUGGUUGCUGGGAAAUGCAUUGGUGCCAUCGCCAUGACUGAACCAGGAGCAGGCAGUGAUCUCCAAGGUGUGAGGACGUACGCCAAGAAGGACGGCAGUGACUGGAUCCUCAACGGUAACAAGGUGUUCAUCUCAAAUGGUUGGAUGUCUGACUUGGUGGUGGUGGUGACUGUGACCAACCGUGAGGCAAAGACAGCAGCCCACGGCAUCAGUCUGUUCCUGGUGGAAAAUGGAAUGAAGGGCUUCCACAAAGGACGCAAGCUGGAGAAGAUCGGACUGAAGGCCCAGGACACAGCUGAACUGUUCUUUGAGGAUGUGCGUCUCCCAGCUGACGCCCUUCUGGGUGAAGUCAACAAGGGUUUCUACUAUUUGAUGAAUGAACUGCCUCAGGAGCGUCUGCUGGUUGCUGACAUGGCCAUAUCGAGCUCUGAGUUCAUGUUUGAGGAAACCAGAAACUAUGUGUUGCAGAGGAAGGCUUUCGGCAAGACAGUAGCUCACCUACAGACUGUGCAGCACAAGCUAGCAGAGCUGAAGACUGAAAUCUGUGUAGGCCGAGUUUUUGUAGAUAGCUGCCUUCAGCUCCAUGCUGAGAAACGCCUGGACUCCUCCACUGCCUCCAUGGCCAAGUUCUGGGCGUCAGACCUUCAGAACAAGGUGGCCAGUCAGUGUCUGCAGCUCCAUGGAGGGUGGGGCUACAUGUGGGAAUACCCCAUUGCCAAAGCAUUCGUGGACUCCCGUGUUCAGCCCAUCUAUGGAGGCACCAAUGAGAUCAUGAAAGAGCUGAUAGCCCGUAACAUUGUCAGCCAGAAGUGAGGGAUUUUGAUCAUUUUUUUUUUUUAUGGUGGUGGACAGGGCUGGGCAGUGUGACGAUAUUAUAUCGAUGUGGUGAGGGAUUUUGGUCAUGGUAAUACUGUGAUAUGCCAUAAGUGCCUUCUCUUCCUGGUUUCAAAGGCUGUAUUACAGUAAUGCAACAUAGUUUUCUGAACUUAAUCAUCUGCUCUAGAUGCUGUGUUUUUCAUCUCUACCUACUUGGACAUCAUAUCCACAUUACUAAUGAUUGUUUAUCAAAACUCUCAUUGUGUAAGUUUUGAUGAAGCACCAGUCGUCAUCCCUACAAUAUUGUCAAAAUAUCAAUAUUGAGAUAUUCGCUCAAACAUAUCAUGAUAUUUGAUUUUGUCCACAUCGCCCAGCCCUAGUGGAGGAGCACUGGGGAAGUUCAAUGGUUUGCACACCUGGAAGCCUGUCUGGGAAG